UCCUUGUUGGUGGGUGUCACUGCCGUGUUUAGUCUUUUGAAGACAGUCCAGCAGUGUAAUUGUGCAAAGUUUUGUGAACUACCGUUACAAGUGUUAUAACAAAUUAAGCAAAUAUUCAAUAAUUUUCAACUUUUAAAAGUCAACGUUGCAACAAAAGAUUUGAAAAAUGUCUUACCGCCCACUCUUCAACAAAUUGAUGUCCAACGCCGUGCUGCGUCAAUUGGUAGUGCCACAGAGCCCGUUGGUAAUGCGUACACAGUUGCAACACAGCCUCAAGCCCAGAACCCCGCUGAAUAAACCGUCGAUGUUCAGUCCGACGAUUAUUAAGCGUUACUGGGAGUUAUCACCACUUUUUAUCAUUGUUGGUGGAGCGGUUUUGGGUCUAUUUUAUGCAAUCGUGCGAAAUGGUCUGUCACGUGACGAUGUGCGUUUCUAUUCGAGUGGCAAAAUGAUUUGCGAAGACGUGGAAAAGUCCGGACCCAGAAAGUUUCUGGUAUUUAAUCAAAAAUACAAAGUACCUGAAGGUUUGAAGGAAGCACUUGCCGCCAUUGAGGAGCCCGCGGAAGAGGUGGCAAAGAAGUCAAAGUAAAAACUGUCCACGGCGAAUGGAAGAGUGCCGGCUUAUUGUACAAUAUACUACAAUUAAUAAAAACUACUUAAUGUUAAGAAUUAGAAAGUGGAAGCUAACUGUUUGAGUUACAGUUAAGAGUGCAUUGAAAUAGUAUCUAUCUAUGCAUUAUUAUGUAAAAAUUUAUUUUUUACUUAGAAAUGCAUACAAAGAAGGAAAGUUAAUAUGCAUUUCAUUAUUCUAGAAUGAAGAAAUGUGCAACUAACGGAAAACAAACGCUAAUGAAAUUGUCCUAAUUUUGCAUUUGUGUCGUUUGAACGAAACGAGCUCUUAGUUUAUGUUGUUAGAGUAAUUAUGAAAUUGUUUAUAUAAGUUUAUAUUCUAUUUAUUAAGUAUAUAUUGAUUUGUUUGUACGUGUUCAAGUAUAUACUUAUAUGCACCAAUGUAUGUGUGUGUUAAAUAAAACAAGUAAUUUUACUGCGUCUGUUUUUAAA